AAAAAGACCACCAAACCCGUGGAGUUGUUGUGUUGCCAUUUCAUACCUUUGGUAGGAGGCCAAAGCCAUAGCCGAAGCCUCUCUAAUCCUCAAACCCACCCCUUUUGCUUUACGUUCUUCUCUCUUCGAUAAUUCGAUUCCUUUAGUCUCACGGGCGAUCCCUGCUUGAUCUUCAAUCAAUCUCUCUGCUUCGAAUAUUCUUUUUUGUUUUCCGAUCUGCGCCCGUCGGGAUCGGCCUAGUCUUCUCCAGUCAUCUGGUCCGUUUGAUCAGGAAUUCGAGAGGACAAGAACAUCGAAUUAGUUGCUUUUAUUCAGGUUUGGAUUUUAACUGGUUAAUAAGAUGGAUGAAAACAAUGGAGUCUCAACCUCACUCCCACCAUUCCUCACCAAAACAUAUGAAAUGGUAGAUGAUUCCUCCUCUGACUCAAUCAUAUCUUGGAGCGACCACAACAAAAGCUUCAUCGUCAAGAGCCCCGCCGAGUUUUCGAAAGACCUUCUUCCAAGAUUCUUCAAACACAAGAACUUCUCCAGCUUCAUCCGCCAGCUCAACACAUAUGGUUUCAGAAAAGUCGAUCCGGAGAAAUGGGAGUUCGCAAACGAAGAUUUCGUUAGAGGCCAGCCUUACCUAAUGAAGAACAUCCACAGGCGAAAACCGGUUCACAGCCACUCGUUACAGAACCUACAAGCGCAGAGUCCUUUGUCUGAAUCAGAGAGACAGAGCAUGAAGGAUCAGAUCGAGAGGCUGAAGAGGGAGAAAGAAGUCCUUCUCGCGGAUUUACAGAACCAAGAGCUUGAGCGUAAAGGGUUCGAGCUGCAAGUAACAGCGUUGAAAGACCGGUUACAGCACAUGGAGCAGCGUCAGAGAUCGAUAGUGACAUUCGUUUCACAGGUUUUGGAAAAGCCAGGGCUUUCUCUGAACCUAGAAACCCACGAGAGAAGGAAAAGAAAGCUGCAAGAGACAGAGACUUCUCUUCCUCCGAGCCGGUCACACGCAGCGCAGGUGGAGAAGUUGGAGUCUUCCUUAACGUUCUUGGAGAAUCUUGUCACGGAAUCUUGCGACAAGGGUAUGGAUAUUGAUGUGAACGAGUCAACUAGCUGCGCGGAGAGUCUAAGUAAUGGAGAUAACAGAGCCAAGUCAACAAAGAUUGAUAUGAACGCAGAGCCUGUUACCAUAGCUGUUGCUGCUCCAAAGACAGGGGUUAACGAUGUGUUCUGGGAGCAGUGUUUGACAGAGAAUCCGGGAUCGAUUGAACAGCAGGAAGUUCAGUCAGAGAGAAGAGAUGUUGAUGCAAAUAAGAUUGGAGAUGGAAGGACGUUUUGGUGGAAUGCUAAGAAUGUAAAUGAUAUUGCAGAGAGAGCUUGAUAUUUAAGCUCUUUUGUAAAAUAGAUUUUUUUUUAUUACUACUUCUGAGAUCACUGUCUUGUGGUUCAUUGUUUAUUCUGUUUCUGUACGCUAUUGUUUUGGGGGAAGAGUAAUAUAGAUGCAUAUUGGCUCUGGAUUGA